GGGCAGCCCAGCCCUGCCACCUUCUCCCAAACCUGGUAUAAGGAGUAGGGGCAGGGAGGAGGACUCUGGGGAGGCCGGGGCUCUGGUAAAGGAGAGAGGAGGCUGCAGACCUAGGAGGAGGGGAACAAGCAGUCAGAAAGGAGGAGAGAAGGGCGCGCAGGCCUGGGGAAGAGAAAGGGCAGACAAGUCAACUCGGGCGGGAAGCAGACGCGCGGGGGAGAGGGAGCGGGGCCGAGAUGAAGCUCCGGCGGUCCCUGGCCUGCCUCCUGCUGGCCCUGUGCCUGGGCGGUGGGGAGGCUGGCCCGCUGCUGAAUGGAAGGGAGAGCCCUGGAGCGGGUGCCGGGGAGGCCAUUGGACACAGGGUGGGAGAAGCCGUCGGAAGGGGAGUGGGCGACGCCAUCAGCCACGGCAUCGGGGAGACCACUGGCCAAGCGGCUGGAGGGCCAGCAGGCUCUGGAGUCCGGGAGGCCCCGGUCCCUGGGGUAGGCGAUGCUCUCGCCCACGGGGCUAAGGAAGUGGCCCAUGCACUUGGCCACACUGGCGCUGAGGCUGGCAGACAGGCUGAGAACAUCAUUCGACAUGGAGUGGAUGCAGCCCACAGCUCGUGGCAGGGGGCGUCCGGUGGCCCCAGUGCCUGGGGCACCCAUGGCCAGCCUCUGUCUGGAGGCCAUGGCAUCUCUGGUUCUCCGAGCAGUCCUGGAGGCCCAGGGGCACCCUGGGACCAGGUGUACUCUGGAGGUUCAGGUGGCAGCUUUGGAACCAACCCUCAGGGAGGCCCCUGGGCCCAUGGAGGCAACGGAAAGCCAUCCAACCUGGGGACCAAUGCUCAGGGAGCUGUGGCCCAACCUGGUUAUGGCUCAGUGCAAGGCAGCAACAACGCAAAUGUAGAGUGCACCAACCCCCCGCCAUCCGGCUCAGGUGGAAGCUCGAGCAACUCUGGGGGAAGCAGCGGUAGUGGUGGCAGCAGUGGCGGCAGCAGCAGCGGCAGCAGUGACAGCAACGGUGGCAGCAGUGGCAGCAACAGUGGUGGUGGCAGCGGUGGCAGCAGCAGCAGCAGUUCUGGGCCCAACGGGGACCAACCCUUAGAAAGCUCCAGGAUUUUCGAUCAAGGCUCAGGUUCCCAGGCGUACAAUACCGGCUCUUCCUCAGGGAGCACAGGUGGAAGUGGUGGCCGAAGCAAACCCGGAUGUGACAACCCAGGGACCGAAAUCCGCGGUUCUGGAGGAUCCGGGGGUCAGGGUCAAGGGUCCAGAGGAGCAGAUGAAGCUGCCAAUGGAAUCAACACUCUGAACUCUGAGACGCCUUCAUCUCCGGGGCUCUUCAACUUCGACAAUUUCUGGAAGAAAUUUAAAUCUAAGCUGGGUUUCAUUAACUGGGAUGCCAUAGACAAGGGCCAAGUCCUACCCCCCAGCACGCGUGCCCUCCUCUACUUCAGUCGACUCUGGGAGGAUUUCAAACACAAAACUCCUUUCUUGAACUGGAAAGAAAUUACCGAGGGCGCUGACGCGUCAUCGUCAUCCUCCUUGCUUCAGAAGAGGGCAGGCGGGGCCGGCCAGCCUGGCGCAGGAUGGCAGAACGUGGCAGCUGUGACUUCUAAGAACAACUAUAACCAUCAGGCGUACCCCAUGCCCUUUGGAGGGCAGUACCCAGCCAAGAUCCCCGCUAAGGGGGGAGCCACGCUUUCCUCCUCGGCUUCCCGGGCAAAACCUGGCCUGCUGCAGUGGGUGAAGUUUUGGUAGAAAAUCACCGCCAGUCACAAAUGAGGCCCUGAGGAACAUCCAUCACCUGCUCCUGGUCUGGGUGCUGCCACCUGCUUUUUCUGGGUUCGUCCCACCCACUGUGGGGUCUCCUUGACCAUCAGCCUUAUCAGAUACACCGGCCAUUUCUUCACCUGCUCCAUUUUGUGACCUGAAGCCACUGUGACAGAUAUUCAGGAGUGUCCCACUUUAGAAUUUCUCUGUGGAAAUAAAACAUGAAUCUUGUUUCCCUGA